UGAGUUCUCUUGGGGGUUUUUUUUGUGUUUCAGGAAAGAAGGAACUAAGCUAACAAACAGCAUGGCAGGAUGAGGAGAUCAGGUGGGGCAACACAAGCAGACCAGGCAAAUGCAGAUCUGUGGGCAGGGAACUAAAAUAAAGGGACAGGUGUAGCUCUGGAUCAAAGCCUUAUUGCUGGAUGUGGCACUCCUCAGCUUGUCCCUCAGGCAGUGCAGAUGAGCACUAACAUAUCCAGCAGAUCCUGCAGGGUAGACUGGUUGGGGAAGUCUUCUGAGGUCCUUUACCAAGUUGUGGUGUUUUCUGUUCAACCAGGCUAGGAACCUACUGCCUUACAAGGUAAUUCCUUUCAGUGCAUCUUCCUACAGCUGAGGUGAACUGGUGGGAUCGGGGUGCUGGUGGCCACAUGGUAAUGUGCCCUCAUUCCCAGUGACAGGCUUCUUUGAUGUAGUCCUUUCCCCAGAGAAACUGCAGUUCCUCUGCAGAGAGAAAGUGAUCGGGAGCAAGUAACACCAUCAGGAAACAGCACUGCCACUGAGUGCUGGGAUGGUGACAGGAUGCUGUUCCCCCUGCCUCUGCGGGUAGGCUGCAGCCUGCUGGCCUGGCUCUCUCUCUAUGCCUGGUUCUGCCAUCGCUUCAAGCACCGCAGUUGUGAAUGGAGCUGCAGGCUGGUCACGCUGACCCAUGGCAUCCUUGCCACCUGUCUCUCUGCUUACAUUGGCUUCAUUGAUGGUCCCUGGCCUUUGAGUCACCCAGGAUCACCAAACACAACUUUGCAGGUACUCGGGCUGUGCCUUAGCUUGGGCUACUUUCUCUUUGACCUUUGUUGGUGUGUGUACUUCCAGACAGAGGGUGCCCUCAUGCUGGCCCACCAUCUGGUGAGCAUCUUGGGCAUCACAGCAUCGCUGGCACUCGGGGAGUCAGCUGCAGAGGUCAAUGCUGUCAUCUUUGGCAGCGAGAUCACUAACCCGCUGCUGCAGGCCCGCUGGUUCCUGAAGGAGAUGGGAUGUUACCACAGCUUCACAGGAGACCUGGUGGAUUUCUUCUUUGUGGUCCUCUUCACUGGGGUGAGGAUUGGCGUGGGGGCCUGGCUGAUGUACUGUGAGCUUGCUUCUCCCAAACCCAGGUGGUACAUUAAGCUGGGUGGUGUCAUCAUGUACGCCGUCUCCUGGGUUUUCAUGGUCAGCAUCUGUCGCUUCGCUAGGAGGAAGAGCAUGAAGAAGUACCAUGCUUGGAGGAGUCAGAGGAGUGAGGAGUUACACUUGAAAACUAAUGGCCAUCUGAAAAAACACUGAGUGGAUGCUGAGUAAAGACUUCCCUGAGUUCACAGUCUGGCAAGAAGGGGAUCAUGCCUGAAAUGCCACUGUCAGGAGAGGAGCCAACACACGUUAGCAGUUCUGGAGCCAAAUUUAUCCCUGGCAUAACUCCACUGAAAUCCAUGGAGUUGUGCCAUGGAUUCUUUGGACCUGCAGUGUUUGGCCUGGCAGAGGCUGGCUCAGUAUGAACGUAGCACACAAUAAAUGAUACCAGUGAAAGAAGGGCUAAUUUUACAGACCAAACACAACUAGUCCAGCAGUGCAGGUGUAAGUAGUAAUGUUAGCAGCUAACUCCUUCAGCACUGCUAGACUCUGGGAAGAGAGGUGAAGAGAGAGGAGAAAACAAUACCAGAUCUUCAUCUUCAGUGUCCUGUACAGUCUAGACAGCUAAAGUGGCUCUUCAUACUGUUAGGAAGAAGCAUGUCCCAGUGUUUCAUCAGAGCUGAGAUUCCUGGCUCUUCCACCAACUCAUUAUGUGGCCUUGGGCAAGUCACAUAAUUAACUCUGUGCCUAAUUUCCCCAUCUGUGAAUUUGGGGUGAUGGAGCUGAUCCAUCUGUGUUAUGCACUUUCAGAUCUUUACUUGAGGGGUGCUAUAUAAAUGCAAAAUGAUGGUUGUUACCUGCACUUUGCUCAUUAUCCCUGUGUUUCCUUUGGGAGAAGAUAUUUUGGUGGAGCAGUAGGAGAGUAUGUUAGGGAGAUUGUUGUUUCCUACCCUAAUUCCUUUUAAUAACUUACUAAAUAACUGAUAACUUGUUUUUCAGUAGUGUUCAGAAGCUGUAAUCAGCACUGGCACCUUGCAGGACUAGGUGCUCUGUGAAUCCAGACAGAGACACUGCCCUUGAUGUGAAAGUCUUUGCUGACUUUCCCCCCUCUUAUUCAUCCUUGACUGUUCAUAGAAUGGUUUGGGUUGGAAGGGACCUCUGGAGGUCCCCCCUCUGCAGUAAGCAGGGGCAUCCUCAACAAGAUCAGGUUGCCCAGAGCCCUGUCAAGCCUCAAACUCCAUGCACCCCCUCCAAAUACUACUUUUAGCUCCUUGAGGGACCAGCACUCUCUAUUAUGAGAAGCUCCAUCAGGACUUGCCAGUAGGUCUUUUCUUUUUUCUGGCUAAUGGACCAAGCCCUGAUUUUUUCAGCAGACUGCCAAAAUUCCCUCUGUUGUGCUUACUGGCCCAAAAUUCAGGCAGUGCAGGGAGCCAGCCCAAGACCAAAUGGCAUGCCUUGAGACUGUCAAACAAAUACCUUCCUCAAGCUGUAACUAACUUCAAAAAAUAAACCCAGGAAAUGCAGGUCUUUUACUGUAGCAAUCUGCAGACAAUCUGUACUUGCUCAUUUUGAAAGAUGAGAGAGGCAAGAAUGUGAUUUAUAGAAUCACAGUGUUGUUUUGGUUGGAAAAGACCUCCAAGGUCACUGAGUCCAACCAUCAACCUGGGAGUAGAACCAUUCAUUAGCAGUGGAGGCUGUGUAUUUCUUUUGCCCUUGAAAGUGUCACCCCAGAUCAGUGUAUCUGAACCCAGAGUCUGCCACAGUGUUUGGGGGUAGUGAGGUACUGUAGGUAAGUGUCUGGGAGCUCUGUGGAAAGAUGAUUGAAAAACCAUUGAAAGUAAGCAUUGAUGUUGCUCCUAGGGCCAUAGAUAGUGUGACAAGAGUGUUUCCUUGCAUCCAAAUUGGGAUUUCUGGUUGAAGAGUGGCCAGCAUGUCUUCAAAACAAGGCAGCUAAAGUGGACGAGCUAACCAGCUUCAAAUCUGUUCUCUGCCCUGUUCAAGCCAGACACCUACACUUGGCUCUCCUUUGUCUGAAUUGAUGCCUUGACCCCAGGGCUUUGAAUUCAGUUCUGUCUUCCUGAUUGGAUUUGGGUCACUUUUAUAAAGUGAGCAUUUAUAAGGUAGAGCAGCUUCGUUACAGCCCAAUAACUAAAGAAGUGAGAGGCACAGAAUCUGACCUCUUUUAAGUGAAAAAGUGAACCUGACUGGGAGAACCUGAUUUACCUGGUCCCAUUGGCAGGGACAAGCUAUCCCCCAGCUGGCAGCUUCUGGUGUUCAUUUUGCUGUAUGUUCUUAAGCCCUUUUCCUGUGUUGUUGAUGUCUGAUUGAUUGA